CUCAGUUGACGUGCUGAGGACCCCUGUCAAAGCAUCAUGGCGGCCUCUAACGCAAAGUCGGUGUUGUUCGUUUGUCUGGGGAACAUAUGCCGUUCCCCAAUUGCUGAAGCAGUGUUCCAGAAGAUGGCAACUGAUGCUGGAGUGGUCGAUAAGUGGGUCAUAGACAGUGGGGCCACUUCUGACUGGAAUACAGGCAGCUCUCCGGAUUCCCGAGGCCUGGCUUGUCUAAGGAAUCAUGGCAUUGAAACCAGCCAUAGGGCACGACAGGUAACCAAGGAGGAUUUCCAGACCUUUGAGUAUAUUCUCUGCAUGGAUGAGAGCAAUUUAAGUGACUUGAAAAGGAAGGCCAACUCUGUGAAAAAUGCCACAGCCAGGAUUGAGCUUCUAGGUUCAUAUGACCCUCAAAAGCAGCUGAUAAUCAAAGACCCAUAUUAUGGGAGUGACAAAGACUUUGAAACAGUGUACGAACAGUGUGUGCGAUGCUGCAAAGCUUUCCUGGAGGCUAACUCUUGAUCUGAACGACUUCUCAAGUGUUAUCAUCAACAAAUUUGUAAUAUAGAAAACGAUACCACUGUUUGCACACUGAAUGCUUUAGUUUAGACUCUGAUCUGUAAAGUGGCAAUAGUUGGAAUACAAUUAAAUAUUCUUUAAA